ACGAUUACCAUCGUUUUCUGUACACUGGUAUAGUAUACGAGACUUGUUGCCAGUCGCCCAGUGACCGCGAUCGGAUUUGUAUCGUAUUUGUCAAUAGACCAUGGAUUAAACUCUACGCUUUUGUGCCUAUUGUCAUAUAAGACACUAAAUUUUUUUUAUUUUCAUUUUGUUUUAUUUUUCUUUUAAUUUAGUUUUAUACUAUCCAUCAAUUGUGUUAUUAUUUUAAGUUUUUCUCCUUGAUUCUUUUUCAAUCUUACAUUGCAUUGAGGUAUACCACAUUAUUGUUUAUUGGUGAUUUAAAAGAAAAAAUCAAAAGUUCAAGUUUUAUGAGUGAAUAUUAACAAUCAAUCGUUGAUAAUUAUUGUUAAAUAAGAAGUGAAUUAGUAAUAAUUACUGAACAUUCAAAUAAAGACUUUGAAUAUUUAUUUUAGUUGAGAGACAAUACGUGUAUUUAAAGUGUAUGUAUUUUGAUUACACGAUGCCGGUAGCUGAAAUGCUGCCGGUUAUCACAUCCGGUCUCCUCGAUUUUCGAAGUCGUGGUGCGCGAUUUCGUCGUAGAAUAUCCAUUAAUGAAGUUUUGUUAUUUACUGUUAUUCUUAUUACAUUUACACAUACACAUUUGGCAGAAGCUGUUAAUGGUUCAACUAUUGCUGGAUUAACAACUACUUGUGAUGGAUCUUCGUUUAGAUGUUCCGACGGAAAGUGUAUACCUGCUCUGUGGGUUUGCAAUUAUCAAAAAGAUUGUGAAAAUGGAGAGGAUGAAAUGCAAUCAUGUCCACCACCGGAAUGUGAACCUCAGCAAUUUUCCUGUAGUCAAUACAUCUUCAAUAAGACUUAUUGCAUACCAAAAUACCAAAAAUGUGACAUGACAGUGGAUUGCAUAGAUGGAUCUGACGAAGCUAAUUGUCCGGUGUUAAAAUGUCAAGCUGAUGAUUUUAGAUGUGGUGGUACAAAUCCUGAACUUUGUAUACGUAAAGAAAAGAAAUGUGAUGGUUAUCUUGAUUGUAGAAAUGGAAGAGAUGAAGAAAAUUGCCCACUAAAUAUAAAACCACCUUGUACGUUGGAUCAAUUCCGUUGUAAUUCAACCCAACAAUGUAUUGAUGAAAGUGCCCGGUGUAAUUAUAAAGAUGACUGUGGAGAUAAUAGUGAUGAAGAAGGCUGCAAUUUUCCGCCUUGUACAAGUGAUCAAAUAAGAUGCGCUAAUUCACUAUGUGUUCCAAAAGGAUAUCCAUGUGAUGAUUAUACCAAUUGUCAUGAAAACUCAAACGAUAAAUCAUGUAAAUUGACUGUAUGUCCAGGUAAUAAAUUUAUGUGCCCUAAAGGUGCCGAAGGAAAACCUCUUUGUAUUGAAAGAUCACAAGUUUGUGAUGGAAAACAAGAUUGUACUGAUGGGUCAGACGAAGGCACUGCUUGUUCUACAAGAAUGUGCCACAGUCUUAAUUGUCAGUACGAGUGUCAUGCGUCAUUGACUGGAGGUACUUGUUAUUGUCCAGAAGGUAGAAUUUUAAUGAAUAAUACUGGAAUUUGUGUGGACAGAAACGAAUGUGAUGAAUGGGGUUUUUGUGAACAACUCUGCGAUAAUACAGAUGGCUCAUACGUAUGCCGUUGUGCACCUGGUUAUAUUUUACAUGGGCGUCAUAAAUGUAGGGUUCAAAGUAAUCAACAUUGGCCAGCUGUAGAAUUAUUAGUGGCACAAGAUAAAGCAUUAUGGCGAAUGUAUGCAACUGGAGAAAAUCGACGAUUAAUUGUUAAUACAACGAGUGCCAGUGGAGUAGACUAUUUAUUCUCAGAUAAUCUACUUUUUUGGAGUGAUUUAAAGACAAGAAAAAUUUAUUCUCAAUCAUUAGAGUCAAGUUCUAUAAUUUAUCAACAGAUAGAUAUAUCGCUUCCUGGAUCAUGGUCACCAAUUUCUCUUGCAGUAGAUUUUAUAGGAAGAAAAUUAUAUGUUGUUGAUUCAAUGGUACAAAAAAUCGAUGUAUUUGAAUUGGAUGGUCGUUAUCAUGGAAUUGUCUUAAGCUCAAAUCUCACAAGUCCUGUAGAUAUAGCUCUUGAUCCUACUGUUGGAUUAAUGUUUAUUGCAGAUGGUAAACAAGUAGUUAGAGCUAAUAUGGAUGGUACAUCAGCUACUGCUAUAAUAUCAAUCGCAGCUUAUAAAGUUUCUGGAGUGGCAGUUGAUCCGAUUGACCAGAGAAUUUACUGGUGUGAUUAUCUUCUAGACUAUAUUGAAACCGCUGAUUACAUGGGUAAUAAGCGUGUCAUUGUACUUCGUGGAUUACAUGUACCAGCACCAAUAAGACUGUCAGUCUUUGAGAAUAGAGUUUACUGGACUGACAGUACAAAACAAGCAGUUAUGAGCGUUGAUAAGAAUGAUGGAGACUACUCGAUACAAACUUUGUUUAAAGUAAGAGAUGCUAAAGGCAUUAAAGUUUUACAUCCACUAGUUCAAUCAAGUAUGAAAAAUGUCAAAAAUCCAUGUGGAAAUAAUAACGGAGGAUGCCAACACAUGUGUAUUGUUACUGCGGCUGGUGGACGAGAAAGUGGUUUAGGAUAUCGAUGUGCUUGUAAUAUUGGUUGGAGACUCUCUACAGAUUUACGUAAUUGUAAUCUUAUCCAAGAAUUUUUAAUGUAUUCCCAACAACGUUUUAUCAAGGGCCGUAUUUUAGAUCCAGUAAUGGAUAGUUUUAGUGAUGCUAUUUUACCUGUUGUCUCAAGACGAGCAAGAUUCGUUGGUCUAGACUACGAUGCUCAUGAUCAAUAUAUUUAUUAUAGUGAUGUAUUACAAGACGUUAUUUAUCGAGUACAUCAAAAUGGUACAGGCCGAGAAAUUGUUUUAGCUAGUCAGAAUGAAGGUGUUGAAGGCCUGGCUGUAGAUUGGGCAGCUAAAAAUUUAUAUUAUAUUGAUUCACGUAAAGGCACCUUAAAUGUUUUGAGUACAAGAAACUUUAGUUAUCGCAGAACAUUAUUGAAAAAUUUGAAAAGACCUCGAGCAAUCGUAAUUCAUCCUAAUCAUGGAUAUAUAUUUUUCUCGGAGUGGGAUCGACCAGCAAAUAUCAGUCGUGCGCACGCAGAUGGCUCUAAUCUAGUGAUCUUUAAAAAUCUUACACUCGGAUGGCCUAAUGGUUUAGCUAUUGACUUUACUAAAGACAGAUUAUACUGGUGCGAUGCUUUACUUGAUCAUGUACAACAUUCAAAUCUUGAUGGUGGAGAUGUUAAAACUCUAAGCCCAAGUUUAAUACGUCAUCCAUUCUCUAUAGCUAUACAUGAGGAGUGGAUGUAUAUUACUGAUUGGCGAUUAGAUGCUAUAAUACGGUUACACAAAGAGACUGGAGAGCAAGAAAAUAUCUUAGUAAGAGAGCCAGCAACUAAUAGAUUAUACGGUGUAAAAGUAUUUAGUCGUGACAUACAAACUCUCACUGAUCAUCCAUGUUCGAUAAAUAAUGGCGGUUGUGAGAAACUUUGCUUCGGAAUACCCUCCAAUAUAACAAGUCAAUUAUCAGAAAGUAAAAAACUCAUGAGAGUAUGCGGAUGUCCAUAUGGUGAACGAUUAAUGGCCAAUGGUUUAACAUGCUCAUCAGAUCCUGACUCAGAACCACCGUUAAAAGCAUGCCAGAAUCCAUGGGAUUUCACUUGUGCAAAUCAACGAUGUGUACCACAAUCUUGGGUGUGUGAUGGUGAUGAUGAUUGUCUUGAUAACAGCGACGAAAUGCAAAAUUGUACAAAACCCACUUGUGGUCCAAAUGAAUUCCAAUGUAGAUCAGGUAAAUGCAUAAGAAUGAGUUUUCGGUGUGAUGCAGAGAACGACUGUGGUGAUUAUAGUGAUGAAGUAGCAUGUCCAAAUAUCACUUGUAGUGCUAGCCAAUUUGCUUGUGAUAAUAAUCGCUGCAUACCAGCGUCAUGGAAAUGUGAUUCAGAAAACGAUUGUGGUGACAGCUCGGAUGAAGGUGAAUUUUGUGCAGCUAAAACUUGUUCAUAUUUCCAAUUUACAUGUCCACGUUCUGGUCACUGUAUUCCACAAUCGUGGGUUUGCGAUGGCGAUAAUGAUUGCUUUGAUCAUCAAGAUGAAAUCGAUUGUCCUCCAGUAACCUGUUUGAGCUCUCAAUUUAGAUGUGCUGAUCAAAAGGCGUGCGUACUUGAAUCAUAUAAAUGUGAUGGAUUAGCAGACUGUAACGAUGGCAGCGAUGAAGUUGGAUGUCCUUCAUUAACACCUGAUCAAUGUAAUCCUGAUACACAAUUCCAGUGUGUAAGUACAGGAGGUUGUAUCCCUAAAAGUUGGUACUGUGAUCGUACACCAGAUUGCAACGAUAAAUCAGACGAACCAGAAUCAUGUGAUUAUUCAGUACCACACAAAUGUGAAGCAGGUUUUGUUGAAUGUGUUAAUCCAAUAAAUAGAACUUGUGUAUUUAAAACUUAUAUUUGUGAUGGAAAAGAUGACUGCGGUGAUGGCUCAGAUGAAGAUCCAAUAAGACAUGCUUGUGGACCACCACCAUUUAAAUGUGGUUCAGAACAAUGGAUGUGUCCAAACGUAACAAACAGAUGUAUCAAUAUUACAAAUGUUUGUGAUGGAAAACCAGACUGUCCUAAUGGAGCAGAUGAAGGAUUAGGCUGUGAUUUAGCCGAAUGUAAUCAUCAAAGUGGCUUAUGCAGCAAUGGAUGUAUUCAAACUCCAAACGGUGCUCAAUGUACUUGUCCUCCAGGUGAAGAGCUUGAAGCUAAUGGAUUUAGAUGUCAAGAUAUUAAUGAAUGUGAUCCACCAGGGAAAUGUUCACAAGUCUGUACUAACACUAAAGGCAGUUAUGUUUGUACAUGUGUUGAAGGUUAUACUUUAGAACGUGAUAAUCAUACAUGUAAAGCAUAUAAUCAUAGUGCAGCAUUUUUAAUUAUUUCUAAUAGACAUACAAUUCUUGUUGCUGAUUUGCAAGAUCUAGCAUUAGAAAGAGUACCUAUAAAUGUUGAAAACGUUGUGGCAACUGCAAGUAAUAUGCACACAGGAACAAUUUUCUGGUCUGAUAUGAAAUUGAAGAAAAUCUCACGAUUAGAAAGAGGUGGAGAUCCUCAGGAUGUUAUUUCAACUGGAUUGGACUUAGUGGAAGGAUUAGCUUAUGAUUGGAUUGGUAAAAAUUUAUAUUGGUUAGACUCAAAGCUGAAUACUAUCGAAGUAGCAAAAGAGACUGGUGAGAAUCGAAUGAUUUUAGUGAAAGAAAAUAUUACACAACCACGUGGCAUGUGUUUAGAUCCAAGUCCAGAUGCACGAUGGUUAUUCUGGACUGAUUGGGGUGAAAAUCCACGAAUUGAACGAGUUGGAAUGGAUGGAAAAAAUCGCUCAACUAUUAUUAGUACAAAAAUUUACUGGCCAAAUGGCUUAGCUCUUGAUAUUGCAAAUAAACGAAUUUAUUUUGCUGAUAGCAAACUUGAUUACAUUGACGCUUGUAAUUACGAUGGCAGCCAACGAUUCCAAGUAUUAUCAAGUUCACACUAUUUAUUACAUCCACAUUCAUUAACUUUAUUUGAAGAUAAUAUGUAUUGGACAGAUCGACAAUUAAAUAGAGUUCUUUCUGCUCAUAAAUUCUACGGUAGUAAUCAAACAGUUGUAUCACAUUUAAUAUCUCAACCACUUUCUAUUCACGUUCAUCAUCCAGUACUUCAACCAAUUUCUACUAAUCCAUGUGCUAAUGCUCAAUGUGAACAUCUUUGUCUUUUAUCACCUAAUAAUCCACAGGGUUAUAGUUGCAAAUGUUUAGUCGGAUUUAAAUUAGCACCAAAUGGUUAUGGUUGUGUUGAAGAUGACACGACUUAUUUAAUGGUGCUACGAGGAUCACAAAUUGUAGAUAUGUCUUUGACCCCAGGUGAAAGUAAGAGUGGUUUUAUUACGCCUGUUGUUGGCAUCGAAGGAGGAACAGUUAUUGAUUAUGAUCGUCGUGAUCGCAAAAUAUACUGGUUACAGAGUAAAGAUAGUGAAAAUGAAAAUGGAACAAUUUAUGUAGUUUCUGCUAAAGGUGGCAAAAAGACUGAAUUUCCAAAUCCCAAAGGUGACUCAGGAAUUGUUGGGUCACCAUCGACAAUGGCACUUGAUUGGCUUGGAAGAAAUCUUUUUAUUGGUAAUAAAUUCGCUGCAAAUAUCGAAGCCAUUAAACUUGAUGGAGAACCAAAAUAUCGAACUAUUGUUCUAGCUAAUAAUGGUAAUAAAACAUCUGUAGCAAGACCUAAAUCUAUGUGUGUUGAUCCUCUCGAAGGUCAUGUAUUUUGGAUUGAUGAAGGUGGUUUUGGUGUACCACAUAAAAUCGGUCGAGUAAAUAUGGAUGGAACUAAUUCUCUCGUACUUAUUGAUGAUGUACCAAAUCUCGAAGCUCUUGCCAUUGAUAUUCCAAACAAAAUGGUGUACUUUAGUGCACAACAUCCAAGUUUCAUCAAAGUUAUGACUACUGAAGGUCAAAAUAUUCGAACAAUUUUAUCAGAAAUCAAUAACAUAAAUCUACCGAAAGCACUUGCAGUGCAUGAGAUGAAACUCUACUAUCUCGAUCCAGUUUAUGAUAAAAUUGAAAGAGUAGAUUUGACAAAGGAUAAUCUUAAUCCAGUGACAAUUGUUGAUAACGAUUCAACUCUAAAAACUCUAGUAAUUUACAAAAAACGUGUAUCUGGUCCACAUCCUUGUUUGACAAAUAAUGGAGGCUGUGCACAAUUAUGUUUACCAUCUACGGGUGUCACAAAUGUAUGUGCCUGCAGUAUGGAGUACAGAAUGGUUGGAAACUCUAGAUGUGAGCCGUAUACCACAUUUGCAAUUGUUUCACAAUUAGAUGUAGUACGAGGUUACAGUUUAAAAGAUCUAAAAGAGGCUAUGAUACCUAUCACUGGCGUAGGACAUCAUAUUCUUCAUGUAGAUAUGUAUCACCAAGGCAAUUGGAUUUAUUGGGUCGAGUUUAAUCGUGGAACAUGGAAUGGAAUAUUCCGUAUACGACCAAAUGGUACAGAAUUGACAUCAAUCAUUAAAAGUGGCAUUGGAUCUAAUGGAAUUCGUGGUCUCACAAUCGACUGGAUUGCCGGUAAUAUUUACUUUUCAAAUGUCUUUCCUCAUGAUAAUUACGUUGAAGUAUGCCGACUGGAUGGUAGUCAUAGGAAAGUCCUUGUAAAAACAACAACUGAUGCUCCACGUGAACUAGCAGUAAAUCCUCAAAAGAGAGUAUUAUAUUGGAUUGAUAAUGGUCAAUAUCCUAAAAUUGGUAAAGCUAAACUUGAUGGAAGUGAAUGGACUCCAAUUGUUACAAAAGGUAUCAGCACACCACGUGAUUUAACAAUUGAUCCAGUAACACAUGAUGUAUAUUGGGUAGACUCCAAAUUAGAUAUGAUACAAAAGAUAUCUUGGACUGGUGGCAAUCAACAAGUCGUUCGUCGUAAUUUACCAAAUCCAAUGGGCGUAGCAAUUUAUGGUUCUGAAGUUUAUUGGGUUGAUCGUAAUUUACAGACUGUUUUCAGGGCCAGUAAACUGCCUGGAAACAUAUCAUUACCUAAUCCUAUUCGAACAAAUUUACCAAAAUUACGAGAUAUUGUAAUAUUCGAUGCAAGUAAUCAACCGAAAGACGAUACAAAUCCAUGCUCACAAAAUAACGGUAAUUGUCAACAGCUUUGCUUUGCUUUGCUAAAUGUUAAUGAACCUAAAUGUGAUUGUGUAACUGGAAAAUUAGCAAGUGAUGGUAAAAAAUGUGACAAUAUUGAUGAAUAUUUAAUAUUUGCUACAAGGACAGAGAUACGAGCAAUUAAUAUUGAUCCUGAAGCAACAAGUUUGCCAUUUAAACCAAUUGGUAAUUUAACUAACGUUGUUGGUAUAGACUUCGAUUAUCAAGAUAACAAAAUAUUAUUCACGCAAAUUAGACCAUGGGCUAAAAUAGCUUGGUUAUCAGCUAAUAAUCCAUCUUCAACAGAUAUACAUCCUAUACUUAGUAAAGGAAUUAAUCCAGAGGGUAUUUCUUAUGAUUGGACACAGAAAAAAAUUUAUUGGACUGAUUCAUCGAAUAAUAGUAUUUAUGCAAUGAAUAUUGAUGGCACAGAUCUCGUGAUGAUUUCACGCGUUGAUAGGCCAAGAGCAAUUGUUGUUGACCCUUGCAAUGGAUCACUUUAUUUCACAGAUUGGGGCCGAUUUGGAACAUCAGGUAAAAUAUUUAGAACAACAAUGGCUGGUUCACUCAAGAAAGCAAUUAUUGAUAAAGAUUUAUCACAACCAAGUGGAUUAGCAAUUGAUUAUGAUGAUCGUAUGCUUUAUUGGACUGAUGCAGUAAGAGAAAAAAUUGAAAGAUCAGAUUUGAAUGGACAAAAUCGUGAGGUGUUGAUUAGUGCAACAAUCUAUCCAUUUGCUAUUACAAUAUUCCGUGAACAUAUUUAUUGGACUGACCUACAACUUCGUGGAGUAUAUAGAGCUGAAAAAUAUACUGGUGCUGAUAAAAUAGAAAUGGUUAAACGUCUUGAAGAUUCUCCUCGUGAUUUACACAUUUAUUCAGCUUCAAAGCAAUUAUGUAAAGUAAAUCCUUGCAAUAUAAAUAACGGUGGUUGUGAUCAAUCAUGUCAUCCUGGUGUUAAUGGUAAAGCAGAAUGUAAAUGCGACGAUCAAAGUCGACUUGUAAAUGAAGGAAGAAUGUGUGUACCGAAGAAUGUAACUUGUGAUUCAACUAAAUUUGCUUGUAAAAAUGGAAGAUGUAUAUCAAGAAUAUGGGCAUGUGAUGGAGAUGAUGAUUGUGGUGAUGGUACUGAUGAAGACAAAAAUUAUUGCUCUUAUCAUUCUUGCAGCCCUAACGAAUUCAGAUGUAACAAUGGACGAUGUAUCUUUAAAUCAUGGAAAUGUGAUCAUGAAAAUGAUUGUAGAGAUGGAAGUGAUGAAGAAGGCUGUGUAUAUCCUCCUUGUGCUCCUGGUGAAUUUACGUGUGCUAAUUACCGUUGCAUACCUCAAGAACAAGUUUGUAAUGGUAUCAAUGAUUGUAAAGAUAAUGUAACAUCAGAUGAAACUCAUGAACGUUGUCCAAGAAAUAAUACUUGCCAUUCAAAUCAUCUACAAUGUAAAACUACAAAUAUUUGUGUUGAACCCUAUUGGCUAUGUGAUGGUGAUAAUGAUUGUGGAGAUAACAGUGAUGAAGAUCCAUUAUAUUGUGCACAACGUUCAUGUCCUCAAGGCAGCUUCCGAUGUCCUAAUCAUCGUUGUAUACCAGCUACUUGGUACUGUGAUGGAGAUGACGAUUGUUUAGAUGGUAGUGAUGAACCACCAGGAUAUUGCCAAUCUGAAGGACGAACUUGUUUUGGUGAUUUAUUCACAUGUGACAAUGGUAAUUGUAUUCCACGAAUUUAUAUUUGUGAUGGAGACAAUGACUGUCUAGAUAAUUCUGAUGAAGAUGAACGACAUCAAUGUAAUGACCGUAAAUGUGAUGAAGAAACAGAAUUUACUUGUGACGCAAAUAAAGUAUGGAAUCGUGCUCAAUGUAUACCAAGAAAAUGGCUUUGUGAUGGUGAUCCAGAUUGCGUUGAUGGUGCCGAUGAAAAUGUCACAUUACAUCAUUGCUCACCACCAGCCCCCUGUGGAGAGAAUCAAUUCACUUGUAAUAAUGGAAGAUGUCUUAAUCGUAGUUGGCUUUGUGAUCAUGAUAAUGAUUGUGGAGAUGGUAGUGAUGAGGGUAAAUUUUGUAACUCUCAAUACAAAGUAUGCUCAAGUCAAGAAUUUACUUGUCAAAAUUUCAAAUGUAUCAGAAAACAAUUUAGAUGCGAUGGUCAAGACGAUUGUGGUGAUCAUUCAGAUGAAGUUGGAUGUCCAUCAGCACGUAAUCACACUAAUACAUGUCAUAAUCCAAGUGAUUUCCAAUGUGCUAAUGGUAAUUGUAUUAGUCAACAACUGGUAUGCAAUAAAGAACCAGAUUGCGCAGAUGAAAGUGAUGAACCAGCGCACUGUAACGUCGACGAAUGUGCUCAAGUCGAAACAAAUCAAUGUGGACAUAAAUGCGUCGAUACUCCAACAAGUUAUUAUUGUGAAUGUAAUCCGGGAUAUAAAUUACUAAGUGAUGGAAAGGCAUGUACAGAUAUAGAUGAAUGUAUUGAAACCCCGCAAGUAUGUAGCCAGCAAUGUGCUAAUACACCUGGAAGCUAUUAUUGUAAGUGUAAUGAACGAUGGUAUGAAAGAGCAGCAGAUGAGCAUACUUGUAAGCGACGUGAUAAAAUAGAACCUUGGAUUGUAUUUACUAAUAAAUACUACGUACGUAAUAUGUCAAUUGACGCCUCAGUUUAUAAUAUAAUGCAUCAAGAUCUUGUUAAUGUUGUUGCCCUUGAUGCUGAUUAUGCUACAGAGACUUUAUACUUCUGCGAUGUUACAGCCAAGACAAUUUUCCGAGCAUCACUUAAAGGGGGUGAUAAAGAACCGAUUAUACGACACGAUAGUCUAGGAUUAGAAGGAAUAGCUGUUGAUUGGAUUGGGCGUAAACUUUAUUGGCUAGACCGACACGCUAAGCAUCUUGAUGUAUCUGAAUUGGAUGGAUCAAAUAGGAAGACAUUAUUGAAUGGAAUUGCUGAUCCUCGAGCAAUUGUCGUUCAUCCUGGCACUGGUUAUUUAUACUUUACAUCAUGGCAUUUACAAGCUUACAUUGGAAAAAUGGGAAUGGAUGGAAGUAACUUUACAAGAAUUUUAACUUGGGAAGAUGAUAUCGCUUGGCCAAACGCCUUAACUAUCGAUUACUUCACUGAUCGUAUAUUCUGGGCAGAUGCACAUUUAGAUUAUAUUGCAUUUGCAGACCUUGAAGGACAUCAUCGAAGAAUUGUGCUAUCUGGCUCGUCGGUACCUCAUGUAUUUGCAAUUACAGUAUUUGAUGAUCAUAUUUAUUGGACUGAUUGGAAUCUUAAGGCAAUUAUGAGAGCAGGAAAAUUCUCUGGAUCUAAUAUUAAAAUAUUACGCAACACUACACACCGACCUUAUGAUAUUCAUGCGUAUCAUCCACUCAGGCAAUUACCAUAUACAAAUCCGUGUAAAGAAAAUAAUGGAGGUUGUUCACAUUUAUGUUUAAUUGCACCUCCAGCAAGCUCCUAUUUGUUAGAGGGUUAUGGUCAACCAGGUGUUACAUCAUAUAAAUGUGCAUGUCCAAAUCAAUUCUACCUUGAUAAAGAUGGAAAAACUUGUAUUGCAAAUUGUACAGCAGGUCAACAUCGUUGUGGACCACCAGAAGAAAAAUGUAUUCCGUGGUUCUGGAAAUGUGAUGGUGAAAAAGACUGUAAAGAUGGAACUGAUGAACCCGCAUCCUGUCCAACUCGUAUGUGCCGUCCAAGUGUAUUUCAAUGUACUAAUGGUAAUUGUACGCCAAGCGUUAAUGUAUGUGAUGGCACAGAUGACUGCGGUGAUAGAAGUGACGAGGCUAAUUGUUCAAGUGAAUGUCCUGAACUUGAAUUUAAGUGUAAAUCAAAUGGACGUUGUAUUCAUGCAUCAUGGAAAUGUGAUGGAGAUGCUGAUUGUAAAGACGGAAGUGAUGAAGAUCCAGCCAUUUGUCAUAAUAAAACCUGCGACGAAAAUACUGAAUUUGCUUGUAAAAACGGUAAAUGUAUACCAAAAUUAUGGAUGUGUGAUUCUGACAAUGAUUGUGGUGAUGAUAGUGACGAGCCUGCUUAUUUGUGCCGUCAAAGAAAUUGUACAACAGGUUGGCAACGUUGUCCAGGCCAUGCUAAUUACCGUUGUAUACCUAAAUGGCUAUUCUGCGAUGGUAAAGAUGAUUGUCGUGAUAACUCUGAUGAAUUACCAUCUAGUUGUCCUACUUGUGAUCCUGAGCUUGAAUUUAAAUGUGCAAAUAAUCGAUGUAUACCAAAACAAUGGAUGUGUGAUUUUGCAGACGAUUGUGGUGAUGGCAGUGAUGAAGUUGAUACUAUCUGCAAAGGUAAUUACAGAUCAUGUUCUGAAUCUGAAUUCCGUUGUCGCAAUGGUAAAUGUAUAGCAUCACGCUGGCGAUGUGAUAAUGAGGAUGACUGUGGUGACAAUAGUGAUGAAGUAGAAUGUCAACAAUUUACAUGUAAAAAUGAUACAUUCAAAUGUGCCAGUGGCCACUGUAUUGCAUCUUAUUUGCAUUGUGAUGGUACAAGAGAUUGUCGAGAUGCCAGUGAUGAAAUUGGUUGUCCACCAAGAUAUCCCGAUGGAAGAUAUUGCCCAAAAUCACGAUUCCAAUGUAACAAUAAUUUAUGUGUAUCUCUUGCUGAUAGAUGUGAUGGUAGCGACGAUUGUGGUGAUGCUUCAGAUGAAAAUCCUACCUUAUGUGCAAACUUUACGUGUGACUUACUAAGACGAUUCCAGUGUGCCAAUCAUCGAUGCAUACCAAGAUAUCAACUUUGUGACAAAGUUGAUAAUUGUGGUGACGGUUCUGAUGAAAAUAACUUAACAAUUUGUGCAAAGAGAAUACGAACAUGUGACGCAACAACUGAAUAUCAAUGUGCCAAUAAGAAAUGCAUCGAUCGUACUAAAGUAUGUGACUUUGCAGACGACUGUGGUGACGAAUCAGAUGAAUUAGGAUGUCAUCCAAAUGAACACUGUGAUUUAUCAAACAAAGGAGGAUGUGCUCAUUACUGUCAAAAUAUUACCGAUGGUGGCUAUAUAUGUGCUUGCUAUUCAGGCUAUAUUAUAUCGAAAGAUAAUAAUAAACAUUGCGAUGAUAUAAAUGAAUGUUUAACAGCAACUCAUCAUUGUUCUCAAAUAUGUACUAAUGUUAAAGGUGGUUAUUUCUGUUCUUGUCGAGAUGGUUUCCAUCUUACUGAUAAUCAUAGUGGAGUUUGUCGACUUAUCGAUGAAGAAACAUCAAUAUUAUUAUUUGCAAAUGGUCCAGAAAUUCGUGCCCUCAGUCUCUCCAAAAAAGAAGAAUUUGAUGUUAUUGUUGAUGAAAAGAGAGUAAAAGCAAUAGAUUUUGAUCCACGUGUAGAACUUAUUUAUUGGAUUGAUUCACAUGAAAAUACUAUCAAACGAUCAUAUAUGGUGAAUGCAAAAGAAGGACAAGCUAAAAUUGGAUUUGCACAAGAUUUAAAUACAAAAACUAGUGAUACCAAACACGUGAGUUUAGCAGUAGACUGGAUAUCUAAUAAUCUCUACUGGGGUGAAGUGGAUAAUACUGGAACGCAGCAGUAUGGAAAAAUUUUAGUAUCAAAAGCAGAUGGAAGAUAUCGUCGUAGUUUAAUAACAGUAGGAUUGGAGAAUCCAACUUCAAUAGCACUUGAUCCUGAAAAUGGUAAAAUGGUGUGGUCGGAUGUUGGUAAUCAACCAAAAAUAGAAAUGGCUUGGAUGGAUGGUAGUAAACGAAAAAUUCUUGUGGCUGAAAGACUUGGCAAACCAACCGCUCUUGUUAUUGAUUACGCAAUGGACCAUACAAUUUAUUGGGCCGAUAGUAAACUCAAUACAAUAGAAUCAAUAGCUUUAGAUGGGUCAAACCGUAAAACUAUAUUACAAGAUACAAUUAAGCAUCCGGUAUCUCUAGAUGUAUUUGAAAAUAAAUUAUACUGGUCUACCAAGAAUACUGGAGAAAUUAUUAAGCAAGAUAAAUUUGGUAGAGGUGUACCUGAAAUAGUUAUUAAAGAUAUCCAAACACCAGGAGGUGUAAGGCUUUAUAAUUCAUUAAAAUACAACACAACAUUGCGUGAUCCUUGUCAUAGUGCAAGAUGUAGUCACUUAUGUGUUGGUGUACCAGCAGGAUAUCGAUGUCUCUGUCCUGAUAGCACUGGACCUAGAAUAGGACAAUCCAGCGAAAGAGUAUGUGAUGCAUCUGUUGAACGGCCUAAACCUUCACCUUGGAUUUGUCCUUGUGAAAAUGGAGGUGUAUGUGAUCAAUCAGAGGAUAGUAAAUUAAUUUGUGUUUGCCCAUAUGCUUAUCAUGGUGAACAUUGUGAAAUUAGUCUAGUUUCAACUAGAUUAAAUAAUUCUACUACUGCUAUUGUCAUCCCUAUCGUCGUCUGCAUUCUAGUACUACUGGUUGUAGCAGCAAUUAUUCUUGUUGUCAAGAAACGACCGUUUGGUAAAGCUGGUGGUCUAGGCGGUUUAACGGCUCAAAGUGUAUCAUUUAGACAAGGAAGUAAUGUAGAAUUUGGUUCACCCGCACAUGAAAGAAUGGAACCUCUUGAUGUAGAGUACAAUCUUGGUGAAGUUACUGAUAAAAGUCGAGAUUUCAGUAAUCCGAUGUAUGAUGCGGUUAAUUUAGAAACGACUAAUGGAACUAGUGCAAGUUCUAUAUAUGAAGUUCCAGCAGAAAUGAAACCAUCAAGUAUGCAACAUAAAGAAUUACCACCAAUCCACCAUAAGAGAAGAGAGUUAGAUCCUACCACAAUAGAUUCAGGUAAAGACACUCAACAGUUAGUUGAAGAGGAUAAAUCUGAAUGUUGAAUUGUUUAAUUUUUUGUUUUGUUAAUACUAUAAUAAGUACAGACUAUAGGUAAAUGAUGUGAUUUUUAUGACAAAAUAACUUUUAUUAUCAUUAUUUCUACACCGAGAGAUUUUAAUAGACAAGUCAUGAAAGUGUCAUUUUUUGUUGGAUAUUAUUCAUGUAAGUUUUUGUAAAUAUAAUGACUUUAAAGUAUUAAUUAUUAGUAAAUAAAAUCUACUUAAAAAUAGGUCAAGUUUUAGGAAAUUAUAUAUCAAUUGUUAUACAAUAUUAUUCGAAGUUAGAUAGUUGAAGUUUACAAAAAGAAUAAACUAUUUUACAAAAAUAGCGUACAUAUGGGACCAAUGUCGAUGGUUGACUCGUUUAUUUUUUACGUAAUUUUAAGUUUUAAAAAAGAAAAAUUUUGGAAUUUUUUAUAUGUACAAUGUUAAUGAAUUUUAUCAAAGAAUGAAGAAAUAUAUUUUAAAUUCCUUUGUACUAUUAUUAUAGUUGAUUUUCUCAACUUAUUUUCACUCUCUAUAAUUGAAUCUGAUAAUGUGUGUAUAGAUUUUAUCGUUAAAACUAACUUUUGUUACAAUGUUUAUUAUUAUAUAUUAUUAUAUGAUAGAUUAUAUACAAAUAAGAGAGUAAAAGAUUAUCCUCUUAAUAAAAGUUUUUUAAAAUCUCAGUGCUUCAACUAUACGCUAGCCUUAAUAUAACUUGUAUUAUACAUUUAAGUUGUUAAUAGAUCAUAAAAAAUGAAAAUGAUUAUAUAUUUUUCACUCAAUAUAAAAAUUUAUUUAAUUAUUAUUACUACUUUAAGUAAAAAAAAACGUUUUAUGACCUGGGCCGGUCUCCAGCGUUUAACAAAUAAUUUUUCAUAUAUAUUUUUAGAACGUACAUAUGUAUAUGAUAUAAUUACUUCUAAUGUAAACCGUCCAACGUAAUAUAAAAUUCAAUGUCAAUAUUAA